ACGCACCGCCUGUCGGGAGAUGUAGUUUCGACGAGGCGGGCCCGGCGAGUCCAAGGGUGGGUGGCGCGCUCCGGUGCGGCAGCGCCUAAAGGCCGAGACGGAAGUCGGGCGGCCGCCCCGGGAAACAAGGGCGCAGGGUUGACGGGCGCGGGACACUGAAGGGGGGCCCAGGACUCGGGAGGGGUGUGUGUGCGGCGACAGUCUCAGGGUGAAGAGGUAGGGCAAGGCCAGGCGCCGGGGGCCGGUGGUCCGGGCAUCCAGGCUGGAAAAUGCACAAGAGGAAGGGACCCCCGGGACCCCCAGGCCGAGGCGCCGCUGCCGCCCGCCAGCUUGGGCUGCUGGUUGACUUCUCCCCAGAUGGCCUGAUGAUCCCCGAGGAUGGAGUUAACAAUGAGGAACUGGAGGCUGAGUUCUUGACCUUGGUGGGUAGCCAGCCUGCAGCCCUGGGGAAGCUCAAAGGCAAAGGUCCCCUCCCCAUGGAGGCCAUUGAGAAGAUGGCCAGGUUGUGCAUGCAGGACCCAGAUGAGGAGGAGGAGGAAGGAACAGAUGAGGAUGACAUAGAGGCCGAUGAUGACCUGCUGGCAGAGUUAAAUGAGGUCCUCGGAGCGGAGCAGAAGGCCUCGGACCCCCCGCCACCCAUGGCCCAGCCGAAGCCCUCAGCCCCCCACCCUGGGUUGGAGGCCACUUUGCAGGAGAGGCUGACCCUCUACCAGCUGGCGAUGGAAAGUGCCCAGCAGGCUGGGGACAGUGCCAAGAUGCGGCGCUACGACCGGGGGCUGAAAACACUGGAAAACCUGCUGGCCUCUGUGCAAAAGGGCAACACCAUCAAUGAGGAGGACAUCCCACCACCUGUGGCUGUAGGGAAGGGCCCAGCGACCAGCCACAACCCCGAACCUCCCCCGCCCAGCCCUGCCAACCUACCAGCCUCAGAUCCCAGGGCCAACCUGGAGGGCUCCCUGUCUGCCACCCCUGCUUCGUCCUUGGGCUCUGCUAAGCCCCAGUUGGCCCCAGGUCCCUGUGGCUCUGGUCUGCUGGCCCAGUUACAGAGCCGCCAGCGGGAUUACAAACUGGCUGCCCUCCACGCCAAGCAGCAGGGAGAUACCGUGGCUGCCACCAGACACUUCCGCGUGGCCAAGAGCUUUGAUGCUGUCCUGGAGGCCCUGAGCCGAGGGGAGCCUGUGGACCUGUCCUGCCUGCCCCCUCCACCUGACCAGCUGACUCCAGAGCUACCAUCCCAAACACUGCAGCCUCCAGCUCUUCCCACGGCCCCCGCCAUGCCAGAGGUUCCCCCAGCCCCGAGAACCUUCCUGGAGGCACUGGAGCAGCGCAUGGAGCGGUACCAGGUGGCUGCAGCCCAAGCCAAGGCCAAGGGUGACCAGCGGAAGGCGCGAAUGCACGAGCGCAUUGUCAAGCAAUACCAAGAUGCCAUCCGGGCCCACAAAGCUGGCCGAGCAGUGGAGGUGGCGGAGCUGCCUGUGCCCCCAGGCUUUCCCCCCAUCCAGGGCCUAGAGGCCCCUGAGGCUACCCAGCAGAGCCUGGUCGGGGUCCUGGAGACCGCCAUGAAGCUGGCCAACCAGGAUGAAGGGCCAGAGGAUGAUGAUGACGACGAGGCAUCUAAAAAGCUCAACAGCCCUGCAGCCCCCACAGCCCAGGCCAAGGCCCUGCCCUCAAGGGCCCCCCAUACCGGGGCAGCCCCAGCAGCCAAAGCAGCCCCUAAGGGCACGUCCACCAGAGCCCAGCAGCAGCUGGCCUUCCUGGAGGGCCGCAAGAAGCAGCUGUUGCAGGCCGCGCUGCAUGCCAAGCAGAAGAAUGAUGUAGAAGGUGCCAAGAUGCACCUGCGCCAGGCCAAGGGGCUGGAGCCCAUGCUGGAGGCCUCCCGCAAUGGGCUGCCUGUGGACAUUGCCAAGGUCCCGCCCGCCCCCAUAAACAAGGAUGACUUUGCCCUGGUCCAGCGGCCCGGCCCAGGCCUGUCACAGGAGGCUGCCCGACGCUAUGGGGAGCUGACUAAGCUGCUCAGGCAGCAGCAUGAGAUGUGUCUGAACCACUCGAACCAGUUCACCCACCUGGGGAACAUCUCUGAGACCAGCAAGUUCGAGAAGCUGGCAGAGGACUGCAGGCGGAGCAUGGACACCCUGAAGCAGGCCUUCACCCGAGGUCUGCCCACCCCUGUCGCCCGCUUCGAGCAGAGAACUUUCAGUGUCAUCAAGAUCUUCCCAGAACUCAGCAGCAACGACAUGCUCCUGUUCAUCGUGAAGGGCAUCAACCUGCCCACACCCCCAGGACUGUCCCCUGGUGACCUGGAUGUCUUCGUGCGCUUCGACUUCCCCUACCCCAACGUGGAGGAAGCUCAGAAAGACAAGACCAGCGUGAUCAAGAACACAGACUCCCCUGAGUUCAAGGAGCAGUUCAAACUCUGCAUCAGUCGCAGCCACCGAGGCUUCCGCAGGGCCCUGCAGACCAAGGGCAUCAAGUUCGAAGUGGUCCACAAGGGGGGGCUGUUCAAGACCGACCGGGUGCUGGGGACAGCGCAGCUGAAGCUGGACAUGCUGGAGACGGCGUGCGAGGUCCACGAGAUCCUGGAGGUCCUGGAUGGUCGCCGGCCCACAGGGGGGCGGCUGGAGGUGAUGGUGAGGAUCCGGGAGCCGCUGACGGCCCAGCAGCUGGAGACCACCACAGAGAGGUGGCUGGUCAUAGACCCCCUGCCUGCAGCUGUGCCCACGCAGGUUGCUGCGCCCAAAGGAAAAGGACCUCCUAUGCCUGCGCCUUCUAGGGAGGCAGGGAACAGGUCAGCCCGGCCCCUGCACAGCCUCAGUGUACUGGCCUUUGACCAGGAGCGGCUGGAGCGAAAGAUCCUGGCUCUAAGGCAGGCGCGUCGGCCAGUGCCCCCGGAGGUGGCCCAGCAGUACCAAGACGUCGUGCAGCGCAGCCAGUGGCAGAGGGCCCAGCUAGAGCAGGGGGGAGCUGGCAUCCGGAGAGAGUACACGGCCCAGCUGGAGCGGCAGCUGCAGUUCUACACAGAGGCCGCCCGGCGCCUGGGCAAUGAUGGCAGCAGGGAGGCCGCGAAGGAGGCGCUCUACCGGCGGAACCUGGUUGAGAGUGAGCUGCAGCGGCUCCGCAGGUGAGGGCCCGGCAGGGUGGGCAGCUGGACAACCAUAGGAUCUCACAGGCCACCAACCCAAGACAAGUGGACAAUCAGUGGACAAUCGGUUCUGGACUCAUCCUCUCCAGGACCACAGCCCAGCCAGACCUCCCUGGCAGGGCCCCAAGGACUCUACCCCUCACCCAUGCCAGAGUUCUGUUUGCACAUCCCUGGGUGCCCACCUUGCUGCCCCUGAGCAGGAGGGUGGCAGGGACCAAGCCCCAAGGGCCUCUGCAAGCACUUUACUUCCUGUCCCUUUCUGGCCUUAACCCUACAGCCCUCCAUACCCCAAAGAAGCUGCUGAGGCUGGCAUCUGGGACUGCACAGGCCAGGACAUGGAAUAAACAGCGAGGUCACGCCCA